UCUGUUGAACUGGUUACCUAGGAUACGGUUUUGUGGAAAAGGGUGUUUAUCAAUUUAUUUUUUGAGUUCAAGCAGAAUGAUUUCCAAUUCGGAUAUCAAAAAACUGGAAGCAUCUUGUUUGGAAAAUAUAAAAGGUGACGAAUUAUAUCAGCUGCGAAAUGAUGCAAAAUUGCGAGCGGUGACUAACUCGAAGAACUAUGAUGAAUUUAAGGAUAUAGUGGAUGCAGCUCAUUUGAGUGCCAUCACUUCGCAGGACAAAAGGAAUGCGAAAACCAAACAAAGUUUGUGGAAUACAGUUUCUAAAAAUUAGAAUGAUAAAUACAAAUGCCUUCAUUUUAA